GAGGCAGAAGACGAGCGCAGGCAGGUUGCAGGCACAGGCAGCCCCGGCUCCGGGGCUCGGCGCGUCCUUCGCCUCGGCCGCCGGGCUGCGCCCCGGAACCGGCCAUGCCGCUGCCCUGCCGGAGCUGGACUCUGGCGCUGCUCACCCUGCUGGUGGGCAUCCUCCUCUUCGCCGACAUCUCGGAGAUCGAGCUGGAACUCGGGAAUUCUGGAGGCAGAGGUGCGAUCAGAUCAGCAGCGAACAGCGUACAUAGCAAAUCUAAUAGAGCUGAAGUGGUAAUAAAUGGGUCCUCAUCUCCAGCUGCUGCUGACAGAAGUAAUGAAAGUGUGAAGCACCACGCUAGGCCAGCCUCAUCCAACUGGAUACACAACCAGACACUCUCAUUGAAGAUCAGAAAACAGAUCCUGAAGUUCUUAGAUGCCGAGAAAGACAUCUCCGUGCUUAAGGGAACUCUCAAGCCCGGGGACAUCAUCCACUACGUGUUCGACAGGGACAGCACCAUGAACGUUUCCCAAAACCUCUACGCCCUCUUGCCCAGGACUUCACCGCUGAAGGGCAAACACUUCCGGACGUGCGCCAUCGUGGGCAACUCGGGCGUCCUGCUGAACAGCCGCUGCGGAGAGGAAAUCGACGCUCACAGCUUUGUGAUCAGGUGCAAUCUAGCCCCAGUCCAAGAGUACACCCAAGACGUCGGGACGAAGACAGACCUGGUAACAAUGAACCCUUCGGUCAUCCAACGUGCCUUCGAGGACCUGGUCAAUGACACCUGGCGGGAGAAGCUGCUUCAGCGCCUGCACGGCCUCAACGGCAGCAUCCUUUGGAUCCCGGCGUUCAUGGCCAAAGGAGGCAAGGAGCGCGUGGAGUGGGUCAACGAACUCAUCCUCAAGCAUCACAUCAACGUCCGAACGGCCUACCCUUCCCUGCGCCUGUUGCACGCCGUCCGAGGGUAUUGGCUGACUAACAAGGUGUACAUAAAACGCCCGACCACCGGCCUACUCAUGUACACCCUGGCGACUCGCUUCUGCAACAGGAUUUAUCUCUACGGUUUCUGGCCGUUUCCCCGGGAUCAAAACCAGAACCCCGUCAAGUACCACUACUAUGACAGUUUGAAAUAUGGCUACAUGUCCCAGACCAGCCCCCACACCAUGCCCUUGGAGUUCAAAGCCCUGAAGGCCCUGCACCAACAAGGGGCCUUAAAACUCACGGUGGGGGGAUGUGACGGGGCCACGUAG